ACAUCCUGCUUACUGCCCACAAGAAAGAAGCUAGGGAAACCCGGGGGAUCGGAGGACUGAGGAGAGGCAGAAAACAGAAGGCCCGGCUGCGGCUGCGGCUGCGGCUGCCUUUGGUUUCGUCGUCGUCUCCGCCUGUUUUCCCCUCUUUCCAUGGCAGGCUGAUGCUCUUCAACACACACAGUCCACUGUCGCUCCUCAGUUAUAAGUAGCUAGGGCAUCUGGCUGCUGGAAAAUCAAGCACGCAUCCACCACACACACAGCUAGCUAGCAGAUCGUUUCGAGUGAAGAUCCAAAGAGGUAGAGAGAUGGAAAGGAUGAGUUCGUCGCUGCAGUACUGGGUGGAGGAGCACAAGCUCUCAACCAUCGGAGCCGUGUGGGCGACGGCGGUGGGCGCGUCGGUGGCGUACAGCCGGCGGCGGGCGCCGGCGCGGGCGACGGGCAUGCGCCUCAUCCACGCCAGGAUGCACGCGCAGGCGCUCACGCUCGCCGUCCUCGGGGGAGCCGCGCUCGCGCACCACUACCACGGCAAGAGCACCAACGCCGGGAAGAGGCAGCAGCAGGAGGACCUGGACUACGGCUUCUACUCGCAGCUGCCGCCGGCCACCGACGCCGACGGCAACGAGAACGAGCGCUGGAGCUGGUAGAGCAUGCUGCAUCGGGACAAGAACAAGACAGCAGCGAGAAGAAAGAAAAAACAAUAAAUUAGUAGCAAUAAUUGGUGGGUGGUUUGGCAUUUGGCAAUGAUGCGUGACGUGGCGCCUGCAGGCUUUCUUGGUCCUAAUCCUAAUCCUAAUCCUAAUCCCAAUCCAUCCAGCUAAGACGUCCACGCCCGUGGUUUUGUCCUGUUGAUUUGCCACCGGAGACGACGAUGCAGCGCUUGCUCUUUGAUUUCCAUGGCUUAUUAUCGAUCAGCCUCCGAUUCUUCUCCUGCACUACUACUACUUGUACCAUUUCAUCUAUUGAUUGAAUGAAUGGUCACGAUGAUGACGAUAAUUAUGUUUUGUUUGUUUGCAAAAAAAAAACAGUGGAUGUCAUGUGGCGGUUCUGUGCUGUGUGUGUGUGACUACUGCCUUGCGUUAUUUUAAUUAUUGUUGCACCAGCUUGAG